CACAACUGUGUCUUUUCUUCAUUCUGCCUGCAUCUCCUCGUCGGCGUGUGGCAACCCGACACGUUACUCGUCUUUUGCUUUGUUUCAAUCAAACAAACGACACGUAGGAAAUGAGUGGGGACCAGAUUGACUGCGGCUCUCGUUUCAACGACUCUCACAAGCACAAAGAAAAGUACAAAGAGAAGGAACACAAACAUAAGGACCACAAAAAGGAUAAGGAACGGGAAAAAGCAAAGCAUGGCAACAGUGAUCACAAUGACUCCUCUGACCAAAAAUACAGAGACAAGGAGAAGGAAAAGAUGAAGAACAAAGAUGGCAGCGCAGACAAAUACAAGGACAAGCACAAGGAGAAGAAGACGAAGCCCCUUGAUGUAAAAGUCAAAAAGGAGAAUGGCUUUGCCAGCCCUCCUCCAGCAGUGAAGUCCGAGCCUCAGGAUACCUUUUUCCACUCUCCUAAACUUGAGAAGUCUCUAAAAAGAGAACGGGCCGACGAUAACGACUCUGACUUUAAGGCCAAAAAAGUAAAGAUUGAAAAUGACAAGAAGGUCAAGAAAAGGAAACCAGAGGAGGAGGAUAUUAAGCCCAAAAAGCCAACAAAUAAAAGAGCAGUCACUGACGGAAGAAAGAAAGUAAAGAAGGAGCCAGAGGAGAAGUGGAAAUGGUGGGAGGAAGAGAGAUACACAGAUGGCUCCAAAUGGAAAUUUCUGGAACACAAAGGACCUGUUUUCGCACCACCGUACGAGCCUCUUCCUAGUCACGUCAAAUUUUCCUAUGACGGUAAGCACAUGAAGCUGCGCCCAGAGGCGGAAGAGGUGGCCACGUUCUAUGCCAAAAUGCUGGACCACGAGUACACCACAAAGGAUAUCUUCCGCAAAAACUUCUUUAAAGAUUGGAGGAAGGAAAUGUCUGCAGAGGAGAAGGCCAAGUUGACCGAUCUGAAGAAGUGUGACUUCGCUCCGAUGAGUGAAUACUUCAAGGCGCAGUCUGAAGCCAGGAAGGCCAUGUCCAAGGAUGCCAAACUGAAAAUCAAGGAGGAGAACGAGCGGCUCUUACAGCUGUACGGCUUCUGCAUCAUGGACAACCACCGGGAACGUAUCGCUAACUUUCGCAUCGAGCCUCCGGGCCUGUUCCGCGGCCGGGGGGACCAUCCCAAAAUGGGCAUGCUCAAACGUCGCAGCAGGCCUAAAGAUAUCAUCGUCAACUGCAGCAAGGAUUCAAAGCACCCAGAGCCUCCUCCAGGCACCAAGUGGAAAGAGGUUCGUCAUGACAACAAGGUCACUUGGCUGGUGUCGUGGACGGAGAACAUUCAAGGCUCGAUCAAGUACAUCAUGCUGAACCCCAGCUCAAGGAUCAAGGGAGAGAAGGACUGGCAGAAGUAUGAAACUGCUCGUCAGCUGAAGAAAUGUGUGGACCGCAUCCGAACCCAGUACCGCGAGGACUGGAAGUCCAAGGAGAUGAGGAUCAGGCAAAGGGCUGUGGCGCUCUACUUUAUCGACAAGCUGGCUCUGAGAGCGGGUAACGAGAAGGAGGAAGGGGAGACUGCGGACACGGUGGGCUGCUGCUCGCUGAGAGUCGAACACAUCAAACUCUAUCCAGAGAACGACGGGCAAGAGUUUGUGGUGGAGUUUGACUUCCUUGGCAAGGACUCCAUUCGCUACUACAACAAAGUCCCUGUGGAGAAACGGGUUUUUAAGAAUCUACAGUUGUUUAUGGAGAACAAGGAGACUGACGACGACCUGUUUGAUCGCCUGAAUACUUCUGUUCUGAACAAGCACCUUCAGGAGCUGAUGGACGGACUGACGGCCAAAGUCUUCCGUACCUACAACGCCUCCAUCACCCUGCAGCAGCAGCUGAAGCAGCUCACAAGUGCGGAAGAGAACCUUCUAGCCAAGAUCCUGUCCUACAACCGGGCCAACCGGGCUGUGGCCAUCCUGUGUAACCAUCAGCGGGCUCCCCCAAAGACAUUUGAGAAGUCUAUGCAGAACCUGCAGGCGAAGAUUGAUGCUAAAAGGGACCAGCUCUAUGAUGCCAAGAGGGAACUGAAGAGCUCCAAGGCUGAUGCCAAAGUACGGAGAGAUGAAAAAUCCAAAAAGACCGUGGAGACCAGGAAGAAGGCGGUCGAGAGGACCGAGGAGCAGCUGAUGAAGCUGGAGGUGCAGGCGACCGAUCGAGAGGAGAACAAGCAGAUCGCUCUCGGCACGUCCAAGCUCAACUAUCUGGACCCUCGCAUCUCUGUGGCUUGGUGUAAGAAGUGGAGCAUUCCCGUGGAGAAGAUCUACAACAAGACCCAGCGCGAGAAGUUUGCCUGGGCCAUCGACAUGGCCGAGGGCGACUUUGAAUUUUAAAUCCCCAAUUUGUGGUUUUAACUAUGAUACACUUUUUUUAUCGGAUUCUUGUUUUUUAGCUUAAACUGAAUUUUGCUCGAUGGCCAGACCCGAUCAGGAAUUUGAGACCGUUUGAGCAGAAAAGACGAGCUAAUGACGCCAAUAAUGAAGUGGCAGCAGGGGGUUGUGGGUAGUCUAAACAUCUGGUCUGACUGAGAUCGGGGCAAUCGAGGCUGAACUCCACCCACAACCGAGCGUCGCGGCACGGUCCCAGUAAUUGAAAGACCUUUUUACCGUGACACUUGACAUGAACUUUGAACUCUGUGGUCUUAUCUACUGUAGCUACUAGCUACCGUAUUCAGCAAAAUGAAAAAGAAAAAACAGCGUUGUAACAUUUUAUUUCCUCUGUUCACUUGCUCUGUAUUUUAGCCCCGCCCAUGUAUUAUUAACGAAUUCUAUAUUUUGAUAGACAAAGUUGAAUCAAACGAGUUCCUUAACGACACCCCACGCGCCUUUCAAGGACACGGAAAUCGGAGUUUUGAGUUGUGUGUGUGUGUGUGUGUGUGAGGGGAGUUGAUUGAUUGAUUGGGUGACUAUUUUAAACUGGAUUAUGUUUAAUUGUUAAGCAUGAAAGGGGCGAUGUUUUUGGCAAGCGACGGGGAAAACACUGCAACCAUGUCAAUAUUUACUGAAGCAAGCCGAAUGUGAAUAUGUUGUUUUACAGCCUCCAUCAGGGACUUCUUUUACAGUGUAAAUGUGAACCAAUCAUUCUGUCCUUUUUUUUUUUAGUCUCCAACAUCCUCUGAAUCUGUCUGCAUAGAUCUGUCUCCAUCUGAUUUGAACCUUAAUUUAACAAUUGUUUCCCGGAAAAAGAGAAAAAACUCCCGUAUCUGUUACUUGAAGAUAAUGCUAUGAUAAUGUAUUUAAAAGUCAUUUAAAUGGAAAAUGUUUUCUUCCCAGAAAAAAAGGUAUGUGGGGGAUUUGAAACUUUGCCACAAAAAAAAAUCACCAAUCUGUUACAAUUUAGGCAUUUUUAUUUUUGUUGUGUAAAGAUUCAGGAUAAAAUGUAACAUUUAAUGUGAAUUUUAUCGGUUCAUUUUAUUCCACUUUUAUGAUAGGAAAAUUGAUGUACGUUGCUGUAAAGGCAACAUCUUAUUCCUGUUUUAUCUUUUGUCAUAGCCUUUGAUUUUAUCUGAAUUUUAUGCUCAUUGUAGGUUUGAAAAUGAAUAAAACCCUACAAGUACA